AUGGGCGUGGAGGAUAUGUUCAAGUGGGGGAGCGCCAACUUCAGCGGGAUUUCCCAAGAAAUCAUCUACGUCACCGAUAUCUUCCACAAGGCCUACAUCGAAGUCGACGAGAAGGGGUCUGAGGCAGCGGCUGCUACCGGACUGGUGUUCUUCACGAGGAGCGGACUGGACUCGCCGCGGAUAAUCGUCGUGAACCGUCCUUUCCUCUUCUUCAUCACGCUCCACGCACCCAACGCGGACCUCCGGCAGGCCCCCCAGGCCAUCCUGUUCGCCGGCAGGGUCUCCAAGCCUCCCCCGCGUCUUUCCUCCUCCGCCUAGUCCCUUCUCCGUCCUCUGGAUCGAUCGAACUGCGUCGGUCGGGUCGUCGAUUACCUCACUCAUCGAACCGGAUGUUGACCUAGAGGAUUUGAGCACGGCUUCUGCGAAAUAUAAUGGCUGUUCUUACGUAC